AUGGGAUCAAACCUCAGAGGUACACCCACCUCAGUUCCUCAUGGAUUAUUUGUGCAGCCCUCCCCCGGCUGCCAUGUGGCACAAUGGGGAAUCGGACUCGACCAUGCCCUAAAUCAUGACUGGUUGGUCCGGUUUGAGUUGACGCAAGAUCCCCCCGGUGGCUGCCCUUGA